UGCUUUGGCAGAACAUCAGUAGAAACCUCUGCGGCCAGCUGAAAGCAUAUUUCUAACAGAUGGGUCUGAAAACCCCACAAGGAAGGGGAAUCUUUGCUAAAGGUACUGUAGUAGUCUCACCAGUAUCGUCUGUCCCAUCUGCAAGGCAGAAAGUUGGCACAAAACCGUCUGACCUUCUGAGGUGUGUUUCCACCAUGCCGCUGGUCCUUCUAGCUGGCGGAGGGCAAGCACAGACCUGCUUGAGCCUCUGGCAAUGAGUCUGGGCACCACCGACAACCGACUGUCUCAAAGCCUGGAUCCAACUUGGCAAGGUGGCUCGAGUGCGGUAUGGAACUCCAGCAGCUUAGCAAGCAAUACAGCAAUAUCAAGCUCCUCCAACUGGAUGUGGUCUGUGAAAACAGCAUCAAGAAAGUAGUCAAGGAAGUGGAAGAAAUUGUGGGAGACAAAGGUCUGAACUGCCUCAUCAACAAUGCUGGCAUCAAUGUGCUUGCUUCCUUGGAAGAAGUCACAGCAGAGACAAUGCUCACCAUUUAUGAAACCAAUACAGUUGCCCAGCUGAUGGUCACCAAGGCGUUUCUACCCCUUCUGAGGAAGGCAGCCCAGCUGAGCACAGGAAUGGGCUGCCAUAGAGCUGCUAUUAUCAAUAUGUCUUCUCUUGCUGCCUCCAUGCAACUCGUCCAGGCAAAUGAGAUGUUCCUCAAGGUCUACCCCUACAGGAUAGCAAAGACUGCACUGAACAUGAUCACCAGGUGUCUUGCUGCAGACUUGAAAUCAGAUGGAAUUCUCUGCAUUUCUUUGCACCCAGGCUGGCUUCAGACAGACAUGGGUGGAAACAUGGCUCCCAUGCAGGUGCAAGAGGCUAUCCCAGGAAUUCUCUCCGUUCUGGACCGUCUUGGUGAAAAAGAAAAUGGUUCCUUCCUGGACUGGCAAGGGGAAACUCUGCCGUGGUAGAAGUGCAGAAUAUACUACAGAAACAGCAUGCCACUUGCUAUUUAACUUGUGCCACUAAUGUCUGUGUCUCUAGGGUUUUCUUAUACGCUAGUUGAAAUAGCCAGUCUGAUAUGCAGCCUCUCUCUAGGUGUAUUUGGAAGGUGGGGUGGCUGACUCUUUUACUAGGUAUUGUUACUGCUCUGUUAUAAUGCUUCCUGCAAAUACUACUGUGCUCUUAGUGAUGGGGAUCUCCUAGAACCAUCUAAAAAUAGAUUAAAACCUGCAAGUUAAAUCCAGGGGCUGGUUCCUCUUCGCUUCCAAAACCAAAGUGGGUCUCUCCCUCUCCGCAGAAGUAAAUGAUGUGACUUCAGAGUAAGGCUAGUGUAGGCUGUCAGCUUCCAGUGCGUUCAGUCUGCUGGAGACGUGUCUCUGGAAAAGGUUCUUCAGCUUCCUUCAGUCCUAACUGAGCCAAGGCUGAAAUUGCCCAGCUCUAAAUUAUGUGAAUUUGGUCCUUCUGUAGGUUCCUCAGCAAGCUCUGAGUGUCCCCAGGUUGACAACACACACCAGGCAUUUGCUUUGUUCCCAGUGGAUGACUAACAUCCUAAUAUGGGGGCGGGUAUGUUGUUUUGUAGGUACACUUCUAAAGUGUCUUCAAUAAAGUCUUGUUUAAACAAAUAGUCUGUUUACUAAACUACUUCAGUUAAUUUCUCUGUAUGUAGAUUUCUCUUUGUAGGUUUCUCUUCCCUGACCGGAGGACUGUACUUCUACCUUGCAGGAAGAAACUCUAACCAUCGCUGUCUCCUUGG